AUAAUUUCGUCGUCUGCAGCUUCUAACCUUCUAUCUUCUAGUUUGUAGCACGUGUAUAUGUUGGGCGAAGAAAUUUACACAAUUAAAUGUCUCGCAGUGAUUCCAAUCAACAAUCGAGCCGACUUAGGUAUGAAGGCUGUAAUUUUUUUCGUCAAAGAUUGGUGCUAGCUACGCUUUCGUGUAGACCUGUUUCAAUCGUAAACAUUCGAUCGAAAGAAAAUGAUCCUGGUCUAAAAGAAUUUGAAGCUAGUUUCAUUCGACUUCUAGACAAAAUUACAAAUGGUUCAAAGAUUGAAGUUAAUGAGACAGGCACAGCUGUUCAUUAUGAACCAGGUCUCCUUUAUGGCGGAACCAUUGAACAUGAUUGUUCAACCCAACGCUCCAUUAGUUAUUAUCUAGAACCUCUGUUACCCCUUGGACCUUUCUGUAAAAUACCCUUACAUCUCACUCUUAGAGGAGUAACUAAUGAUCAAACUGAUCCAUCAAUUGAUAUCAUCAGAUGCUCUUCAAUGCCUAUUCUGAAAAGAUUUCUCUUGGUUGAUGAUGGUUUAGUGUUAAAGAUAAAUAAAAGAGGGGCUCCACCUAAGGGAGGAGGAGAAGUAAUAUUUACUUGCCCUCUCAGAAAACAAUUACGGGCUCUGCAGUAUGUAGACCCUGGAAAAAUUAAAAAAAUUCGGGGCGUUUCUUAUGCUUUACGUACUUCCCCAACAAUGACAAAUCGUAUGAUCGAAGCCGCAAAGGGAAUACUUUUAAAAUACAUUCCUGACGUAUUCAUUCUCACUGACCAUAGAAAAGGACCCGCUAGCGGUCUUUCUCCUGGUUUUGGCAUUACUUUGACCGCAGAGACCAUAAACGGUACAUUUUUGUCUGCCGAAGCUACUUCUAAUCCACAAGGAGACAAGCAAGUCCCAUCAGUGGCUGAAGAACUAGGUGAAAUAGCAGCCCUUCGACUUCUAGAAGAAAUUUACCGAGGCGGGUGUGUUGAUUCUUCAAACCAACAUCUAGUUCUAUUAUUAAUGGCUUUAGGACCAAAAGAUGUCUCAAGAGUUCUGCUUGGACCUUUGUCUCCUUAUACGAUUCAGUUUUUGAGACACAUGAAGGACUUUUUCGGAACAGUGUUCAAGAUGGAAAAUGGAAAUAAAAACGAUGGAGAUGAACUAAGGGUUGGAACUGAAAAAAUAUUAAUGACUUGUGUUGGAGCAGCUAAGGAAAGGCGUAGUAUAACACCAUCUCUAAGCUUCUCCCAGCAACAUUCUCUUACUUUUGGAAGUAACAGCUCUUAUCUGUCUAAUGAUUCCCUUCUGAAACCAAGACAAUCAGACUUUUCAAGAACAUUCGUUCCUCCACCUAAUCCUGUUAUUAACAGGUUUGUUGAGGAGCAAGAGCCAUAUGAUACAGGAUCUGACUCUGAGAAUGACAGUGCACCUGCAAAAAAGACUCCUAAAAAGAGCUGGUUCCCGUCUUGGUUUAAAAAAUCUGACCAAAUUUCGAGUACUCCAAUAAAAAAAUCUGCAUUUUAUGCAAACGUAAAGGGAAAAAUGAACAUUCUUUGGCAGUGGCAGUUCAUCGUCGUCGUUUUGCCACUGCUUGCGGCCUUGUUCUUUCUGCUCUUAGCCGCAGUUUAUAUUAGGGCUUCUUAUAACGAAGCAGGACCACCUCUGGGAACAUCUGAAUCGGCAAUGGAUCAAACAAUCCAAAACGUUAGAAACUUAAUUGAACGUGAGACCAUCUCACAUCUGUGUGGUGGAGAAGAAGUCGUAUCGGUAGAUUCUUCAUUUUUAUUGGAACAGCUGAAAAUGAAUCAGACGGUGCUCGACAAAGUUAUAGAGGCCGUAGUUGCUAAUCCUCAGUGGGGUGUCAGUGUUGACGGGGAGUCGUGGAGUAUCCCAAGCGUUCGACUUCCUAUUUGGUGCUCGAUAAAAACCUAUUUAUGGAAUAUUUUGAUUGCAUCGCUUAUUAUAAUAAUCGGAUUUGGCGUAGUUUUAUUGGUUCAUCAAAUGGUAACGGCCAGUUGCAGACAGCGUGAAAAGGAGGAGCAAGAAGUAUACACCAUGGUGGAAAUGAUAAUAGAUUUGUUGGCUCGGCAUCAAGCAAGUAUGGUGGUAGAACGUCGACCGCAUGAUGCUUACCUAGCAGUUACACAUGUCCGCGAUGUUCUCAUUCCACUAAAAGAGCGGAAGUCAAAGCUCAAAUUGUGGAACAAGGCAGUUCAGUUCCUUGAGGACAACGAGUCGCGAGUCCGGCCAGAGAUCCAACAAAUUGAAGGUGAAGACUUCCGCGUUUGGCGAUGGCUUCCUCCCAGCACCGCAUUUUCGCCCGGCAAAUCACCAGCCCAUGGAGAUCAAACUGAUGAGGCCUCAUCCAACAACAGUCUUGGUGCAGCGAAUAGCGUUACUCCUCGACCGAAAGUGUGGCAAGGCCAAGCCUUUAGCACUGAUAGUAGUGGAGUAAAUUCGCCACCUCCCUACCCGUUAACCCAGUGCCUCAAAGUGCGCAAUAUGUUCGACGCAGAAGUAGAGGUUGGCGAUUCGUGGCCGGUCCGUAUUCAGGACGCAAUUUUGGAGAAGGCAGACAAGGGGAAAACUGUGCAUAUGGCUGUUGAUCGGGGUUCGCGAGAAGGUUGUGUUUACAUCAAGUGUGCAACUGCUGAUGAUGCCGGCAAGGUAUACCACUCGCUCCACGGCUGGUGGUUUGAUGGCAAUUUGGUGACAGUGAAGUACCUAAGGCCUGAACGAUACCAUUAUCGCUUCCCAGAUUCGGCCAAAGCCACUGCCCAACUGCAGCCAUCCAACGAUAAGCGAUUAUCUCUGCAGACCAAGUUCUGGAAAUCCCCUCUCGAGCAUUUUUAAAUUAAUGAAACAAAGUCCCCAAAGCUUAAUACUGUAUACCCUAAAUUAACACGACACGCUGAUACAUCGCUUAAAGAUGUGAAACGUUUCUUCUGACGGAAAGCGAAGAAAAGUAUCAAGCAUCGUAGUGAUUCGCAAAUUGUUUCCCUAAGAAAUUCACUGUUUGGAUGAGAAGCUGAAAAAUUGCUAUUCGCGGGUUUUUUAAAAUGUUGUCUUUUUUGGCUUGUUUAACUUGAAUGGCACAAUACAAAAUACACUACUCA